UCGACCCACUGUGACAUGCUGGGCGGGGGAUCAGACCUGCGGCCUAGCGCUCCUAAGACCCGCCAUCCCAUUGCACCACAGCGGGAACUCCGGCAGCCCAGUCCAGUGGCCUCCAGCAAGGAGCUGGGGCUGAGGCCCAUCGCGCCGGGAGCAGGACAUGCAUUUCUGGAGACCUCUGCUUGCCGCCUCCUCUGCCCGCCGCUGGCGCUGGGAAACAUGAUCAGGGCCAAGGCCGUCAGCGAGAAGGAGGUGGACUCCGGGAACGACAUCUACGGCAACCCCAUCAAACGGAUCCAGUACGAAAUCAAGCAGAUAAAGAUGUUCAAGGGACCUGACAAGGACAUAGAGUUUAUCUACACGGCCCCCUCCUCCGCGGUGUGCGGCGUCUCGCUGGACAUCGGAGGAAAGAAGGAGUACCUCAUCGCAGGAAAGGCCGAGGGGCACGGCAAGAUGCACAUCACGCUCUGUGACUUCAUCGUGCCCUGGGACACCCUGAGCACCACCCAGAAGAAGAGCCUGAACCACAGGUACCAGAUGGGCUGUGAGUGCAAGAUCACGCGCUGUCCCAUGAUCCCCUGCUACAUCUCCUCUCCGGACGAGUGUCUCUGGAUGGACUGGGUCACGGAGAAGAACAUCAACGGGCACCAGGCCAAGUUCUUCGCCUGCAUCAAGAGAAGCGACGGCUCCUGCGCGUGGUACCGCGGAGCGGCACCCCCCAAGCAGGAGUUUCUCGACAUCGAGGACCCCUAAGCAGGCCACCGGCACCCCUGUGGCCAACAGAGAGCCUCCGAGAGUCCAGACUGGUCCAGCUCCGACAUCCCUCCCUGGAAACAGCAUGAAUAAAACAGUCAUCCAAGCGGGUCUACAUUAGUGUGAUUCUCCCGCCCGCCCCCAUUUUCCUUUUCAAUGUGCUUGUGGGUCUGGAGGCAGAGGUGGGUCCUGCACCCCAUCCCCCACCCUGGGCGCCGUGCGGCGUGGUCUCCCACCCUUCGGUGUGGCCAGGGGCCGAACACACGGGCUUGCCUCCCAGGCCCGCCCCGGCACUGUCACACACGCUGAGCAGACUGCCUUCAGGGGUCCCCCAGCCUGGUCAGGGCAGAGCCCGUAAAUAUGCUUUUUGCAGAAACUUUUGAGGGUCGUUGCCAGACUGUGUAGCAGGCCUACCAGGUCCCUUUCCUCUCGAGAGGGGCAUGUCCCUCAGUUCCUGCAGCCUCCACCCCUCUGGCCCUAGGGUGGCAGUCCCUGCCCCUUGUGAGUACCCUGUGCCCGCCACGGACUCCCAGCACCCGUGACCUCUGUGUGUCCAGGAGCAGCCCUGGACCCAGGGCUUGUUCUCGAAGGAGCCCCGAUCGAUUGUAUUAAUCUGCAGAAUUUCCGUGGGAGCCUCCCUCCCGGGCCUCGUAGAACUAUGACAGCGACAAGCUUCAGCCCAGCCAAGCCCCCAGCACACACCCCAGGCCUUGAGGGAAUCUGCACCGUUCUGCCCUGGGGCAGACGUUCGGGGGGAUGCUUGGCUGCCCUUGUAGUUCAUUGCGGAGCCUCUGAGCCCCCCCGUCUCUCCAGCUCCCUCCUGCUCUUCUGGCCUGGGACCCCCAGGAACAGGCUUUGCCAGGGGUUGUGUGUGGCCAGUGGCAUGAGCUGGCUGUGCCCUUUGCACACCCUGAGGACAUCAGGAGCUGGGUGCCGCCCUGUCCCCCAGGACGCCUCAGAGCGCCCUGAGAGCUUUGUGACCUCCCUGUGCUGGGCGGGCUCCUGCGAGUGAAGCUGUUAGCUCAGUGUAGGGUGCAGUCCUUCCAACGGUGGCAUCAAUAAGACUGCCAUCGCUUUGUGGCCCUCCGGGACACUGUGGCCGGCUUUUCGAGACAUCUCAUUCUUCUGAAGAUGAAUUCUCAGAUGAUAUGUGAGCCCAAAUCACGGGGGUACCCCCCUCGGCUUGACUUUCUUGUAUCACAAAGAUCACCCAGUUAAGAAACUUCAUAGGGAGCUGGAGAACAGAUCUGUCCCCCGAGGAUGGUUUUCUGGUGCAAGUUUCCCAAUAACAGUAAAGAUAAUCUCCUUUUUCUUCCCACCCACUCGCGGUGUAUAAAUCGGCUGUUCCGAGUUUAUGGUGUAUAUUAGGCAAACACACACACACACACACAGAGUGAAAGUGAAGUCUGUCGGCCUGGGCGUGGUUCUCCUGCAGAGUUCUCCCAAAGUCAGCUUCUAAGCCUGCGCUAUUCUGCGUUGACCCCAAAGCACCUUUCAGACGCCUGACCCCCCCCUGUGGCGUGCAGCCCCCGUGCCCACCGGGACCCGGUCAGCACAGAUUUUGAUGACUCCCUUUCUAGGGCAGAGUCGGGGAAUCUGGCCCGCUCCGAGGGCCUCUUCAUGCUGUGCAGUGAUAGGAAGUUAUAAGAUGUCAUGAUGGACCAGUCCGUGUGAAUCCAGUAUAUACGAGAACACCAGACCCUCCAAUCAAUAUAACACCCCCCCCCCGUCUGCUUCCUGUAUGGUGUUAUCAUAUGUAACAUUUACUCCUGUUUCUGCUGAUCUUUUUUAAUGUUUGGGGUUUGUUUCUGGCAUCCGUUGUAAUCAUUCCUGUGCUGUGUUUUUAUGACUCUCAGUAGGGGUUAGACGUGCACCUUCUCUUCCCAAAGGUUUCUGCCUCGUGGAAGCAUCGGACCCAGAGUGGACGCGGCGUGGUCACCAGCCUCGGAUGGGGACCCCCUCAGACCUUUCCUUCGGUCCCUUGAGUCCCAUUGCCUUUCCACCUCCCACCUUUUGUUCUUCGGUUCCAAUUAUUACGAAGCGAAGGAUCUGUGAGUAGGUGGGUUCCAAAACGUGGCCUCCUUGUAGUCAAUCCAUGUACAUGGGGCUUGUAGCCGUGCCGAGGAGGAGAACAAAAGUCAGGACGAAGGAUGCGGGGGCCGCCGAGGAAGGCCACUCAUACCCUCGCGGUGAAUCGCUGCCGUCGAGAGGGAGGUUAAGAAGGCUCUCCACUUGGCGUUGUUUAAUUUAUAUGUUACAUCCUAAGCGCUGCCCUUUCCUUCCUCUCUUCUGGUUUCCGUGCAAGCAGCUCACAGUAUUUAAGAUCAAGUUUACAUCGUAAUCCUCUCCAAAUCUUUGCUUGAUGAGUACUCAGAAAUAUCGGACUCGCCGCCGUAAUUUAAAGCUUUGUUGACCUUGUUCGUUUUUGUUUGGAUUUCUUCGUUGUUGUUGUUGUCGUUUAAAUUUUGGGGCAAUGUGAUUUUGCUGGGAUAUGAAGUCUGAGACCUCCCUGUGCUGGGAACACAUGAGAGUUGUUGAAAGUCGACAAGCAGACAGCGCAUGUCUCCGAUGCCUUGUAUCCUUCUCGAGUGAUCGCUCGGUCCGUGGACAAUAAACAGUAUUAUCAACGAGAA